AUGCUGAUGAAUUUACAGGACGAUAGCACAUCCCUUUUUUCAACCGUGCUCACAAGUGUCACAGCCUUCGAUUGUAGUACAGAUGAUGAUAGAUUCCAGCUCUUGCGCACUCUGUCAAAAACUUUCCUGCCAAGUAAUGUACUAAACAUUAGGCAAAAUUGGAAUCGAGUUCGAGAAAUUGCUUGGGAAUUCGGUUAUGAAGGUCAGGACAUACCAGGUGACGCUCACCAACUUCUAUUAAUCUUGAAUUUGGACUGUCCAGACUCUAAGGAAUUUUUAUACAGGCUGAAUCGGGAGAUGCUGUUUGCUGCCCCAUUUAAAUGGCUUAUGGAUAUUUAUCCAGAUAGUGAGGUGAUAAUUUGGAGACAGUCAACGGGUCAAGUACUAUCGAUUUAUUGGACAGGCUCAAGUGGUCGUUACAUAAUUGAGGAUCGUGGUUAUUGGAUUUGGGAAACUAAACGAUUGGUAGUCAAAGAUAAAAAUAUUGCAUCAAGGAGACGAAAGAAUUUAGCCGGUGCUCAGCUGAAAUCCUGCAUCGUGAUAACUAAUCCUGAUACAAUCAAUCAUUUAACUGAUUACCAGGAUCGACAUAUUGAUUCCAUAACAAAAUGUAACUAUCCUUGGGUACUACAUCUAGUGAAUAUACUAAACGCUACAGUAACUUUCAAGCAAACUAAUACUUGGGGAUAUCAAAAUUCAAACGGCUCCUGGGGCGGUAUGAUCGGUAUGCUACAGCGUGACGAGAUCGACUUCGGUGGGACAGGAAGUUUUCUGGUAAAAGAGCGUAUAGGCGUUAUACAGUAUAUUGCACUAUCAACACCAACUGGAAUACGUUUCAUAUUUCGACGUCCACCACUUUCGUCAAUCUCAAAUCUUUUUAAGCUACCCUUUCGUAAUUCAGUGUGGUUCAGCAUAUGUGCUCUUAUAAUUUUACUGGUUAUACUUCAGUAUCCUGCGAUGCGAUUAGAGUGGUUUCAGUCGAUCAAUAAACAACAUGAACGCGAACCAUACCCACCUAACCUUAGUGACGAUUUGCUUGUCAUCGUAGGCGCCGUGUCUCAGCAAGGUUCCUGGUAUGAGCCUCGAUCAGUAAGUACUCGUAUAAUCGUACUAAUGAGCCUGAUGGCCGCUCUGAACUUGUAUGCAGCAUACACAGCUAAUAUCGUGGCCCUUCUUCAAUCGACUACAACAUCAAUAAAGAGUUUGAAAGAUUUAUUAGAAAGUCCUCUAACUCUUGCCGCUCACGAUAAUGUAUACAAUCGUUACUAUUUUAAGUCGUUCAAGGAUCCGGUGCGUCGUGCAAUUUUUGAAGAGCGAAUUGAGCCCCGUGGCACCCACAAAACCAAUUGGUAUGCAAUUGAAGAUGGAAUCGAACGCAUCAGACAUGGUCAAUUCGCUUUUCAUGUCGAACUCGGAUGUGCCUAUAAAAUUAUCCAAGAAACCUUUGCAGAAGAUGAGAAGUGUGGUUUUCACGAGAUUGACUAUUUCAACGUUUUCGACCCACAUUUCAUUGUCAGAAGGAGAUCACCAUAUUUAGAGCUGUUAAGGGUCGGUGGUCUACUGUUACAGGAGAGCGGACUACGUACUCGCGAGCUAACGCGGCUUUAUACGAAAAAGCCAGUGUGCAGCUCGAGCAAUCGCUUCCUGAGCGUCGGCCUUACAGAAUGCUAUGGAGCUUUUCUAACUCUCUUCUUUGGACUAUUGCUUGCCUUCGGAAUUUUUUUCACUGAGCUUCUUUACAUUCACGUGUAUGUAUAUAAAUCAUGGAUCCAGUCGUCUUGUUAUGCAUUGUUGAAAUUCCGAUCUGUACAAGAAAAAAGGAGCACGCUAUCUUGUAAACACAAUAUAAUUAAUAGUCCUUGUUAA